UAAAAUUGAUGAUACUUCAAACCAUAUCAAUAAUUUUUCUUGUUUUGUUUACCAAGGGCCAUUGAAUUAGAUUAGAAAUAUCUUCGAGUGCUGAAAAAUGUUUCGAUUUCCUCUGGGUUUUCUUUAUUUUCACUGUUUUUUAAUUUUGGUACUAUCCGACUGUGGUUGUAACAAAGGAUUGGACCGACAAUCGAGUGAAUUAAACACUCCAACUAUCAAUAAAAAUGAAAUUCCGGUUUGCAAACAAAACAAAAAAGAUGGCUUACACUACAGAGAUUACUAUCCCGAAGAUCCGUCAAUGUCUCUCAUACCCGCAGGAAACUAUUUAAUAGGAACUGAUGAGCCUCAUUUUGUAAGUGAUGGUGAGGGCCCGGAACGACUUGUAAAAAUUUCUGAAUUCUAUAUAGAUAAAUUCGAGGUGUCCAAUGCCAAUUUUAACAAGUUUGUGAAGGCAACAAAUUACACUACAGAAGCAGAGAAAUUUGGUGAUAGUUUUCUAUUCAAGACUUUACUAACAACAGAAUUACAAGAAAAAUACAAUGACUAUCGUGUUGUAAGUGCUCCAUGGUGGUUUAAAGUCAAAGGAAUAUCUUGGCGAAACCCACAAGGACUGAAUACUAAUUUAAAUGAUUUGUGGGAACAUCCAGUAGUUCAUGUUUCUUGGAAUGACGCUGUAGCUUACUGCAGGUGGGCUGGAAAAAGGUUGCCAACUGAAGCAGAAUGGGAAGUAGCAUGUCGAGGUGGAAAGAAACGCAAGCUUUUCCCUUGGGGAAACAAAUUAUCGCCUCAUGGAAAGCACUGGCUAAAUAUUUGGCAAGGCGAUUUCCCAGAUGGAAAUACAUCUGAAGAUGGUUAUAAGAUCACAUCUCCUGUAAAAACAUUUCCACAAAAUGACUACAACUUACACAACAUGGUCGGAAAUGUAUGGGAAUGGACCCAAGAUCUUUGGCAUAAAGACGAAGUCAGUUCCAAUCCACAAUACGUAAAGAAAGGAGGUUCUUAUUUAUGCCACAAGUCUUAUUGCUAUCGUUAUCGAUGUGCUGCCCGCUCACAAAAUACAGCCGAUAGUUCCUCUGGAAAUUUGGGAUUCCGUUGUGCAAAAGACGGAUAAUCCUACAGCAGAACUGCUAAAUUAAUUAAUUUUAGGUGAUGGGAGCACUAAAGUGUAUAUUCACGCAAUAUUAGUAUUUUUGUAUGAAUUUACAUACAUACAUUUAUAAAUAGAACAAUUUUAUUAAAGUGAAAAAAAUUAAA